GUCCGAAAAUGGCUGUCAAAAUGAAGUUUCUGUGUUUGACAUCCGUGCUAUUUAGCUUUUUAGAGCAUAUCUAUGUCAUGGCAGAUACUAAACCUGCUGAAUUAGACCCAGCCAUCGAAAAGGAAGAAGAGAGACAAGUUAUAAAGACGCAUAAAAUCGACAGUUCCACCAUUUUGAUGUUACUCGGCCUGCUUCUUCUUACUAUUCUUACAAUCUGGUUCUUCAAAUUCCGCCGGUUUCGAUUCGUGCAUGAAUCGGGGUUGUCAAUGAUAUACGGAAUGAUUGUUGGAGUCAUAAUUAGAUAUGCAAAUCCCGAUCAAGAAACAACACCACCACAUGUGAAGAUUAUCAACAGUGGUAAUGUAUCGUACACGGCUAACAAAGCCCCGGAGUCGGUGCUUCUGGAUCUGGCCGACAGGAAUAGGAGCGUUACUGUACAGUACAACAUCUGGGGGGAGGUCAGCGAACAGGAAACAAAAAUGUCACAACUCAUAAUGGCUGUGACUUUUGAUCCAGAAUUAUUCUUCAAUGUCCUGCUGCCCUUCAUUAUAUUUGAAGCAGGGUACAGUAUGAAGAGGCGGCAUUUUUUCCGAAAUUUAGGUUCAAUCAUGACAUUUGCUUUCAUUGGUACGACCAUUUCCUGUGUAGUUGUAGGUGGAAUCAUGUAUGGAGUGACUCGUCUUAUGCAGCUGACCUCCUUCACACUAAAUGACUGUUUCUUUUUUGGAGCUAUAAUCUCAGCCACCGAUCCAGUGACUGUGCUGGCAAUCUUUAGUGAUCUGAAAGCUGAUGUAGAUCUGUUUGCCUUUAUUUUUGGUGAAAGUGUGUUAAAUGAUGCCGUUGCCAUAGUUCUUUCAGGGGCAGUAGACAAUUACGGCUCCUCAGCUUCUAAAUCGGGGGAAUCCCAGGGGUUUAGUGCCCACGCCUUCUUCUCGUCCCUCGGGAAUUUUGUGGGGAUAUUUGCUGGAGCGUUUGCAAUAGGAUCUCUGAUAGGAUGUGUCACAAGCCUUUUGACAAAAUUCACAAAGAUUCGGGAUUUUCCCUUGCUGGAGACAGCCAUGUUUUUUCUGAUGUCAUACAUGUCAUUCCAGGCGUGUGAAGCUGCAGGUCUUACGGGCAUUGUAGCAGUGUUAUUCUGUGGGAUUACACAAGCCCAUUACACUUAUAAUAAUCUCUCCAUAGAGUCCAAAAUCAGGACCAAACAGCUGUUUGAAUUAAUGAAUUUCCUGGCAGAAAAUUUUGUUUUUCUGUACAUUGGAGUAGCAGUGUUCACAUUUCACUCACAAGAGUGGAACAUAUUCUUUAUUUUAUCAGCCAUUCUGGCUGUUUUUAUUGCUAGGUUUUUUAAUAUUUAUCCAUUAUCACUGUUACUAAAUCUAGGAAGAAAAAACAAAAUCAGCAGACCAUUCAUGCAUAUGAUGAUGUUUUCUGGAUUAAGGGGUGCCAUAGCAUUCGCCCUUGCUAUUAGGAACACAUCAACAGAAGCCCGUAAAUUGAUGGUGUCUGCCACUAUGAUAAUAGUCAUAAUAACGGUGAUACUUGGUGGGGGUCUGACCACACCCAUGUUAGGAUGGCUGCAGAUCAGAGUGGGAGUUGAAGAUGAGAAGGAGAUGACAAAUUUUGCUGGACCUUCUGGGAAAAAAAAAUGGCAGAGACAAUACAGUACAAUGGAAAACAUGAAAGAUGAUGCCCAGCCUCCCACGCGGGAAGAUAACAACUCACAACAAGCUUUACCUUUGUUAAAGGGCAAUGCUGAUGAAACAGAAACUAAAAAGAAAGACAAAGCCUAUCUAGUGGGGAAAUGGCAUCAUUUUGAUGUCAGGAUAUUAAAACCAUUUUUAACCCACAGCCGUCCCACGUUGAUGGAAACUCUACCUGCCUGUUGUAUGCCCCUCGCCAGAUUAUUAACUACAGAGGAACAAAUGUUGGAGGGCAAGUCACAUAUUGAGGAGGAUUCGGAUACAGACAUGAUCAUUGACCACAGGGAGCUGUCUAUAGGGGAGGGGAGCAGUAACAACGUCAGCGCCGUCACCACCCCCCAACCAGGCUUCCAGGAAGUCCAGAUCCACAACCCAGCCAAUCAGAAUCAAGGAGAGGACUCCGUGUUAAGAGGUGCCUUUAAACCAAAAAACAUUUGUGUCAAUAUAGCAGGGCCCUCUGGAGACAGAGUGUGAUUAAAUCACAGGGGAAGACAACUCUUGUGAGAGUACAUUGCUGGGGAUUUUUUUUAUUCCACAUUUGUUUGAUAUGGUACCUGCAUUGUUACAGAGAUAACUUCAUAUUUGUUUUAUUUAAAGCUCUUCUAAAAAGGCUUGUUUAGAUUGGUUGACACUUAUCAGUCAUUGCCAUUUUAACAGAAAGAGGGGAAACAUGUAUUUUUUUUGUUAGUGUUUUUGGAGAAAUUCCAGUAUGUUGUAGCUUCACAAUGUUUGUGUGAUUGGCUUAUCAGCAAAGUUUUCAAAGAUUGUAUGAUUCAGUAAGGAAUGAAGAAACUCGAAGAUCAUGUUUGAUUAAGUUGUGAAAUGUCCAUUCCAUUGAAAUUAAUUUUUUGUGCACUGCCAGGGUGUUCAUUGAACCAAAAGAGGAAAUUUAGGUCUUAUUUAUUGGACUAGAUGACAUGAUAAACAAAGCUAUUCCAUCUAAGUUAAUGUUGUAGCUAUCCCAUAUCUUGUGAUAUUUCAUCCUUUACUUAUCUCUUUUUCAUCAUAGCAGUCCCUUAUCAGAUUCUAAACAUAGGUAUCUCCUGGUGACUCCAUAGCUAUUCCCUAUCUUAUGACAGCUAUACCGUACCCUGAUAGCUAUCUCAAAUCAUGCAGCAUCAAGGCAUUUUGUACCCUGUGAUGUAAUUCCCAUCAGAAAUUUAUAUCGUAUUUAUUUAAUGCCAUUAUUGCAUGUUCUAGAUUACACCUUGGCUACCUUCACAUACUGAUAUAAUUGUAACAAUCCCACGUGUUAGUGAUGACACAGACAUUCUAGGCCGUACCUCUCUCACACCAUAACUACCUACAUAUCCUCACUGAUAUAUACAUUGGUGACAUUGUACCCCUCCAUGUUACACCCUCACCUAUCUCACUAAGUGACAGUGCUAUCCCAUAUCCCAGUCAUUUGACUGAUUGUGAAACCAUAAAUUAUGUUAAAGAUAUGCAGUACCAAUCCCCUGAGAGAUGCGUGUACCCAUAAGCAUUAAGUAUAUUUCUUUUAUUGAAAUGCAUUAUGUGAAGAAAAAUAUAGAAGUAAGAUACCUCAUUAUUGUACGUUGUGUCCCAUUUAUUCACAAAAUUCCAACAUUUUAGAAUUAUUGAUUUUGAAGGUGAGUCCAUUUUCAUCAUUUUUCCUGUUUCUUAUUUAUCUGGGACUUGAUAUCAACAUGAACAGAAGGCAUUUCAUAAGUAGCAAGAAUUAGUCAUUAUAAUCUGUUUAAAACUCUAUGCAUUUAUCAACAUCUUUGACAAUUAAAUAUUUGCAUUUGGUAAGUUAAAUUGACAGACUUUCAGCACUCCCAUUCUGAGUUUGCUUUCAGUUUUGCCAAAUCUUGGUAAAGUACCUGCAAAACUGAACAUUAUUUUGAAUCCUUAUCCUUAUUUUAAUUCAGAACAGCACGUUUAAUGAAACUAAGGAAGAGGAAAUCUACUGAUGGCAUAGUUUUAAACUACUGGAGUAUAGUUGAUUGUAUUGUUUAGUAUUAAUUUCUGUGCUCAACUAAUAGACAGUAUGUGUAUUGUAACAAAAUGUCUGGGUAGCCCUGGCUUAACUUAGUAGUAUUUGUUUCACAGUGUGUAAGUUUUGUUUGCUUAGUGUUUGUUAUAUUAUGAAUGCAUCUCAAAUCUUUCAUGUUAUACAUGUAUUUAUUGAUUGUGAAAUGUCUUGCAUUGUUGCAAUUUUUUUUAAAUCUCUCUGAUAAUUCAGAAUAUACUGCAUAAUCAUCCCACAAUUUAAGACAAGUGCUCUGGGGGAAAAAUACCCCCUCAUUAGUUUCUUGUUCUGUUUUGUUUUUAGUUGCUCGAUCUGUAUGUUUGGGUGCUCCUUUUGUUUUGUUUGUAUAUAUAAAUAUUUAUUUAUAUAAUCUCUAGUAAAUAUUCUAUCUCCACCCAUAAAAAAA